AAGGAGCUAGUUCUUGCAGCUCUCUUCCUCUGUCUGUGUGUGUCUCUCUCUCUUUCAACAGUUUCUGUGUCUUUAUUUUCUUUUUCUCUGUAGACAGACAAGGAAGAAAAGAAGAAAGAAAGAGAGAGAAUUUAUUUUUUAUUUUUUAUUUUUGUUGAAUUUGAUAAUAAUAAUCAUAGGAGGAACAAUAAUUAUAAGAAUAAUAAGAAUAUGGGGUGUUUUCCCUGCACUGGAAAAUCAAGCAAGCGAUCAGAGAGAAGCAACAAUAAUAGCAUUAAACACAAUGAUCAAACACAACCCACUUCAGUGUGGAACCCUUUUCUUCAUCUUUGAAAAAUUGAUCAUAAUCGAAUUCUCGGAUCAUUGAAAGUAAAGCCAUUAGCAAAUGUAAAGAAAGAGGAGACUUCUAAUGAUGAUCAGUUAUCUUUGGAUGUAAAGAAUUUAGAUUUAAUGGAUGAGGUUUCUAACAAUGCAAGAAACAAUGGGAAGCUUGCCCAAACAUUUACCUUUGAGGAGCUUGCUGCCGCAACAGGCAAUUUCCAGUCAGAUUGUUGCUUGGGUGAAGGAGGUUUCGGCAAAGUUUACAAGGGGUAUUUGGAUAAAAUCAACCAGGUUGUUGCUAUUAAGCAACUUGAUCGAAAUGGCCUUCAAGGGACUAGGGAGUUUGUAAUUGAAGUAUUGACGUUAAGUCUAGCAGAUCAUCCCAAUCUUGUCAAGUUGAUUGGGUAUUGUGCUGAGGGAGAUCAGAGGCUAUUGGUGUAUGAGUACAUGUCAUUAGGAUCUCUAGAAAACCAUCUGCAUGAUCUUCCACAUAAUAGGCAACCACUUGAUUGGAACACAAGAAUGAAAAUAGCUGCUGGUGCAGCAAAGGGUUUAGAAUACUUACAUGACAAAAUGAAACCUCCUGUUAUAUAUCGUGAUCUGAAAUGCUCCAAUAUUUUGAUUGGUGAGGACUAUCAUCCAAAGCUGUCUGAUUUUGGCCUGGCCAAAGUGGGACCCAGUGGGGAUAAAACUCAUGUUUCUACAAGGGUUAUGGGCACAUAUGGGUAUUGUGCGCCAGACUAUGCAAUGACAGGUCAACUGACAUUUAAAUCAGAUGUUUAUAGCUUUGGAGUGGUUCUUUUGGAGCUCAUCACAGGCAGGAAAGCAAUUGAUCAAACAAGGGAUCGUAAUGAGCAGAAUCUUGUUGCUUGGGCACGACCUAUGUUCAAAGACCGGAGAAACUUUUCACGCAUGGUUGACCCUUUACUUAAAGGUCAAUAUCCUGUGAGAGGAUUGUACCAAGCUCUCGCCAUUUCUGCAAUGUGUGUUCAGGAGCAGCCUAAUAUGCGGCCUGCUGUGUCUGAUGUGGUUAUGGCUCUGAAUUAUCUGGCUUCUCAAAAAUAUGAUCCCCAAAUUGAUCCAGUCGAAGGCUCCCAUCGGACCUCAUCACCUCCUGGACUGAAGAAAGAUAAUGACAGAAGUGUAGGCAAUAUUUCUCCAUAGUCUAAUAAUAUGGAAGGCCAAAUAAAUGGUUGAUAGCUUUUUGUCGUGUUUAUUUAAAAGGGUGCCUGGUGUCAAUUUUUGUAAAAUGGAGAUAUCUGGCAGUAGUUCCAUCCUUGGACUUCUCUUACAGAAAAUUUCUGCCCUUGCUUCUUCUCUUCUGUUGUACAUGUGAGCUGGGAUUCUUGUAUGUAAGAUGCUGUCUCUGUAGGAACCAUUUCCUUAAUUCAAUAGACUAGCCUUGAUUAUUUUUCAUAGUAACAA